UCCUCCGCUACAAAACUCGUACGCUCUCAUCCGCGUAUGUCCAGACUUGACGCCGCUCAUCAAUACAUGGAGAAGAAAGAAAGUCAACGUCCGGACGAGAUACCGGAGUUGUACACACAGGAAUCGAGAUGGUCUAUACCGCGGCUCUUCUCUUUGGAAAGAAAGUGCCCGUCUUGGGAGAGGAAGAAAGCAUCACGGACGUGAUGGGAACGUACUUUUUCAGGCUCUCGUCGCUGCGUCAAGAAAAAAGAGAAGGCCCUUUGCUUCGACGGGGAAGCGUAGACAGUUGCCACGAGCCCGACAACCCUUCACUUUCUCCCAACAUGGAUGCUGGUUUGGAGCAGGAAGAGAGAGUCCUUCAACAAGAUUUGACGCGUCACAUAGAGCGCUGCCUAACGGAGGCCAAGGUUUCCGUGCUCCACUGCAAGGUGCUGCUUCUCCCCCGCCAGAUGACCGCCCGGGUCGGUCGCGAUGUGCUGCGCUCCUCCACGGAUGAGCCGUGCGGGCUGCGGGGCGCCUCCAUCAGGCUCUAUGUGGACACCAAGAAUGGCCUCAAGUCUUUGGGCUCCAUUUUUCCCGACUCGAGUGUCACCCCGACAUUUGAGCUGUCGGUCGUGUUUAAGGCGGACACGAAUGACAGCUGGCCACCACUCAAGCACAUCUUUGAGAGCAGUAAAGCGUUAAAGCUGAGACCAGAGUACAAGCUGGUAAAGAGAAAGCUCUACUCCUCUGCCAGUCCUGUCAUCCACGAGUUUAACUAGAGAAGGGGGGCAGCAGGUAGCCCCCAAGGACCACAUGACUGGCCCUGUGUUGCAUAUCUAAAUGUUCAAGCUCAGGUUUUACAAAUCCACAGGUUCUGAACUGAACCUGGCGUCACGUUAUACUUCAUGCUUAUUGUUGUGUAGAGUUGAAUAUUUGAAUUUGUUUGAGCAAAGGGUCAGACUGUAAAUUAUUGAAUGUCUACUGACUUGACCGCUCAUUUGCACAAAUUGUUGACUGUCCCAAGUGUACACUGGAUGCAUCCCCUCUGGAAGGGGCGGGUCUUAUUCCUUGAAUGUGCUUUGUAUUUAUAAGAAAUAAAACCCUUUGUUCACA